AUGCGUCAGCGUUCUUUUGCACCACUCGCGUUCACGGUGCAGCACGCUGUUGCAUUGCCGUACAUCUCACUGCUGAGUGACGCUGGCUACUACGACGAAGACGGCCGGCUGUACAUCGUCGAGAGGCUGAAGCAGCUGAUCAAAUGCAUGGAUAAUCAGGUGGCUCCUAUGGAACUGGAAGAACUGCUCUUACGGGAACACUCGGCUGACAUAGCCGAGGUGUCCGUGGUUGGCCUUCCCCAUUCCGACUACGGAGAGGCUCCGGCGGCUGCCAUUGUGCUCACGCAAGAAGGUCGUGCGAAGAAUCCCGAGCUCCUCGCUACGAGUAUCAAGGCCACCGUGGAAAGUGAGUGCGUUACCAUGAAUAAGGUCCGCUGUGUCUCCUAG